AUGUCCAUCGAUCAAAUACUCGUAGCCCCCGGGGGUGAGAAUAUCACCCCUCCACCGAAGUCAGAUAUCGUUGCGACAGGUCUCGGUGAAGUCGGUGACCAAUACACGCUCGAACCCUCUGCUCUAGAACGAACCCUUCGAGGCGUCGCUGUGGCCAUCCAACUUGAAAAGGAGUGGGAUGAUAUGCUGGUUCAGUGGUUCUCGAUAACACAGAAAAAGGCAUCGACUACCCUGUCAGUCACGCAAUGGCUAGCGGCCGCCCAAGAAGAGCUCUCCUCGGAGCCAGAGUUGGUGUUGAUUAUGAACGUUGUCAUCGGCCUGUCGUAUAUGCGCGAAAGGGGGCGGACCUCAGAUCUCAGGCAAGAUCCUCUCAGCGUCGAUUUCAUCUGGCCCAUCAUCCGCGCAGCCCUGGCAGCGCCAAAUUCCUCGUUCAAAGUGUCGCGCAGCGCAGGGGGCUUCCUUUUUGUUCCACUGUGCAGUCUCAUCAAAGACGGCAAGAUCGAUGAGCUGUGGCGGUUGCACGUGUGGCUGCCUGACGGCAAGCGAGGAAACGUGAUCCACUCCCACAAUGCGUUCGGCCAAAGUUGGAUCCUCGCCGGCGAAGGCAAAAACCUCCUGUGGUCCGUCAAGCCGGCGGAAUACGACCAAGCGACGCACGCCGAGUACGGGCUCCAGUGGAACGACGGAAAGAAGUCGGAUUCGGCCUAUAAGACGCACCAGGUGUCCUCCACAAUAGUCAACACCAAGAAGUACGUGGCCGCAGAUCUUUCUAGUACCGAUGUACACCGCAGGAACACUACGUAUUCCGUUUCGGACAAGCAGUGGCACAGUUCGGAAGUGGCGCCCGACCGCGUAUGUGCCACCUUGUUCGUCUUCGAUGCGCUCCGGGGGUUCAGAGACAUCGCGCCCGUUCUGGGACCUAAGGAUGGCGAGUCAAGCACCCAAACUCGCGACCCCGCCGGGCACACGGUAGAGGAGAUCGUCAAGACUGUGGAGAACGUACGAGCCUGGGAAGACCUAGUCCAAUCUGGCAGGCGAUAUAACCUCUCGGGCAAGCGAGAUGUUGCUGAGGAGACCUUUAAACGCGCGUUAAAGUUGUGCCAGGAACUACCAGGUUUUCCGAACCGGGAGCUGUAUAUCAAGUCUACAAGAAACGAGAUGGAGUAA